AUGAUGAUGGAAGGGGUGCUAACGGCAUUGUUCGUGGUGUUGCUGAGUUUGCUCCUAACUCUUUCAUGCUAUUGGCUAACCCCAAGACGCAUCAAGAAAAUCAUGGAACGGCAAGGCGUGCGUGGCCCCAAACCACGCCUUCUCACCGGCAACAUCCUCGACGUGGCCUCCCUCGUCUCCAAAUCAACCUCUCACGACAUGAACUCGAUCACCCACGACGUUGUUUCCCGCCUCCUCCCCCAUUACGUCGCCUGGUCCAAGCAAUACGGGGGGAGGUUUAUAUAUUGGAAUGGAAUAAUAGAGCCGAGGAUGUGCUUGACUGAACCUGAAUUGAUAAGGGAGCUAUUGUUAAAGUAUAGUAGUAUAUCAGGGAAAUCUUGGCUUCAACAACAAGGGUGUAAGCACUUUAUUGGCCGUGGAUUGCUGAUGGCCAACGGUAAGGAUUGGCAGCACCAGCGGCAAAUCGUUCAUCCUGCAUUCAAGGCAGACAAGGUCAAGAGCUAUGCGGGGUACAUGGUGGAAUGCACUAAGAAGAUGCUUCAAACACUGGAGAGCGAAGUUGGGUCGGGUAAGACCGAGUUUGAGAUCAGCGAGUACAUGACUCGCCUCACUGCCGACAUAAUAUCGAGGACGGAGUUUGAUAGCAGCUAUGAGAAGGGAAAGCAGAUAUUCCAUCUGCUCAAUGUCUUGCAGAAACUGUGUGCUCAAGCCAGUCGUCAUUUGUGCCUGCCUGGAAGCAGGUUUUUCCCUAGCAAGUAUAAUAGGGAAAUAAAGUCAUUGAAAUCUGAAGUGGAAAGGCUUCUAAUGGAGAUAAUACAAAGCCGAAAGGAUUGUGUUGAGAUUGGGAGAAGCAGUUCUCAUGGGAAUGAUUUGCUUGGGAUGCUUUUGAAUGAAAUGCAGAAGCAGAAGAAAGGAAAGGAACUUAGCCUAAACUUGCAGCUUAUAAUGGACGAGUGCAAAACCUUCUUCUUUGCUGGUCAUGAAACGACGGCGCUUCUGCUGACGUGGACGGUCAUGUUGUUGGCCAGCAAUCCCUCUUGGCAAGAAAAGGUUCGAGCUGAGAUCAAGCAAAAGUGCAAUGGUGAAGUUCCCUCUGCUGAUCAUCUCCAUAAGCUCGAAUUGCUAAACAUGAUAAUAAACGAAUCCAUGAGGCUUUAUCCACCGGCUAGUGUACUUCCUCGUAUGGCCUUUGAAGACAUCAAACUAGGGGAUCUUCAUAUUCCAAAGGGCCUAUCAAUAUGGAUACCAGUUCUUGCAAUUCACCACAAUAAAGAAUUGUGGGGCAAAGAUGCAAAUGAGUUCAACCCAGAAAGAUUUUCUUCCAAGGUUUUCAACCCCAACUUCAUCCCUUUCGCGGCCGGUCCUAGAAAUUGUGUUGGUCAAUCUUUUGCCAUGAUGGAAGCCAAGAUAAUAUUGGCCAUGUUAAUCUCCCGGUUUAGCUUCACCAUUUCGGAGAAUUACCGCCACGCUCCGGUCGUCGUGCUCACGAUUAAGCCAAAGUAUGGGGUUCAAGUUUGUUUGAAACCAAUAGAAGAUUGA